AUGAAAGAACUUCUAAGCAUCUUAGCAGACAUCUUUGGUGGAGCCAUGGAACAUAUUGAUUACUCUAUGUCUCAGCUUUUGGAGCGCUACCGAAUCGUCAAGCUCUAUGCUGAUCCAGUAAGUGCGUUGUUUUAA